UGGAUCUCAGCCCCGGGGCAUCCUGUGCUACCGUUCUCUGAUCAGCAUGAUAGCCAUCCUGAAUUAGGAUGAAUGUUUCAUGUCUGGCCGAGGAAACGGGCCUACAAGUCCCUCAGGCUACAGGUGGCACGUUGGCAUGAGAUUGAAACCCCCCAAGAAUACUCUGAAUUCAUCUGGCACAUUCAGGCCCCUUAUCAUCCAAGACCCAUGCGAAUCUGCUCCCGAAGCAGUUUAAGAGGGUUACCAGCUUGAGUCUUAAAUAUUGGAACUCUCAUUCCUGAUAUCUCCUACCACCGCCGUUGCAAUAGUCAUACAUUCAACAUGGCGGUUGACUUUCAAGAUGACCGGUACAGCCCAACCGACUUCGAAAAGAGUGAUAUUAAGGCUCAAGCAGAGGUCCUCGAGACCAUCGCUGACUUUGAUGAUCCCAACAUCGAUCGUGACGCUGCCGUCGCUGGAGUUCUUGAGGAUGAUUCUCCAUACCCAGAGGUCCGCAGUGCUGUAGCCAACACGGAUGAUCCCUCUAUCCCUUGCAACUCGUUCCGCGCAUGGGUUAUGGGCAUCGCAUGGGCCGUUCUGAUUGCCGGCCUGAAUCAAUUCUUUUUCUUCCGCUAUCCCUCUGUGACUAUCUCUGGUAUCGCGGCACAAUUGCUUUCUUUCCCUGUAGGUAGCGCCUGGGCAAAGGUCGUGCCAAAUGUCCGCAUUUUUGGCGUAAAGAUGAAUCCCGGACCAUUUUCGAUUAAAGAACAUGUUUUGGUUACUAUCAUGGCCACUGUGGGUGGAUAUUCUGCCUAUGCUACUGAUAUCAUUGCGGUCCAACGAGUCUAUUAUGGACAAACUUACAGCUUUAUCUACCAAUGGAUGGUGGUCAUGUCUACUCAGCUUAUCGGUUUUUCGAUCGGUGGUAUCUUGCGGCGAUUCCUCGUGCAGCCUCCCUCGAUGAUAUGGCCCUCCAACCUCGUGACAUGUGCUCUCUUCAACACACUCCAUUCGCAGACAUAUGCUGGCAUAGGCACCCGCGGGGGAAUUUCACGUGAACGCUUCUUCUUUUACGCAUGGUUGGGUGGUCUCCUAUGGUACUUUGUACCUGGGUACCUCUUUCAGGGUCUAUCUUACUUCUCAUGGGUAUGCUGGAUCGCACCAGACAACAUCGUCGUCAAUCAGAUGUUUGGGUAUGUGAGCGGAUUGGGAAUGAGCAUGGUCACGUUCGACUGGGCUCAAAUUUCUUACAUUGGUAGUCCGCUUGCCACGCCAUGGUGGGCCGAGGCAAACAUCGCGGCCGGCUUCGUAUUCUUCUUUUGGAUCGUUGUCCCUUCGUUGUACUACACCAAUGCCUGGGAUAGCAAGUAUAUGCCAAUUUCCUCGAGGACAUCGUUCGACAACACCGGCGCCUCAUACAACAUCACCCGCAUCAUCAAAUCAGAUGCCUCUCUUAACUUGACUGCAUAUGAGGAAUAUAGCCCUCUGUUCCUUUCGACGACCUUCGCCAUCUCCUACGCCCUGUCGUUCGCCUCCAUCACUGCAACGCUCAUGCACUCCUUGCUGUUCUUCCGGAAACAAAUAUGGGUCCAGAGCAGACGCUCGAUGCACGAGCAGCCUGACAUCCAUGCCAGGCUCAUGACCAAGUACAGGCAGGUGCCAGAAUGGUGGUACAUGAUCGUAUUGGUGACGAUGUUUGUGAUUGGUGUGAUCUCCAUUGAGGUGUGGCACACGGAGUUCCCUGUUUGGGCUUUCGUCUUGGCCUUGGCUAUCGCAUUUAUUUACGUCAUCCCGAUUGGGAUGAUUCAAGCCAUAACCAACCAGCAAGUUGGACUGAACGUUAUCACUGAAUUAAUCGUUGGGUAUGCCCUUCCGGGCAGGCCCAUUGCAAUGAUGAUGUUCAAGACCUGGGGAUACAUUACCAUGGCCCAAGCUCUCACUUUUUCUUCCGACUUCAAACUUGGUCACUAUAUGAAGAUUCCUCCGCGGACCAUGUUCUGGGGUCAAGUCGUAGCUACUGCCAUCGCAGGAACCGUACAACUUGGUGUGCAAGCAUGGAUGUUUUCCAACAUUCCAGACAUUUGCAACCCCCACCAGAAAAACGGUUUCAUUUGUCCCAACACAGAAGUCUUCGGAACCGCCAGCUUUAUCUGGGGGGUCAUCGGUCCACAGAGACAGUUCUCGUCAGGCCAGGUCUAUCACGCGCUUGUAUAUUUCUUCCUCAUCGGCGCUGUCUGCCCGGUCGUCGCAUGGCUAAUCUCGCUCAAGUGGCCAAAUAGCUUCAUCCGUUAUGUCAACUUCCCCGUUAUUUUCAGCGGUAUGGGGGCCAUUCCUCCAGCGAGUGCCGUGAACUACGUCCCAUGGGCAAUCGUUGGAUUCAUUUUCCAAUACGUCAUCCGUCGUAAACAUUUCUCUUGGUGGACAAAGUACAAUUAUGUCCUUUCGGCUGCCAUGGAUUCUGGUUUGGCCUUAUCCGUCAUCUUGAUCUUCUUCUGCCUCCAAUACCCCAACAACGGCACAAUUGCACUGGACACCAUCCAGUCGUGGUGGGGCAAUACUGUCUUUCUGGCCACGGCUGAUGGGAAGGCUACGCCGCUGUUGACAUUAUCAGACGGUGCUACUUUUGGUCCGACGACAUGGUGAUUGCCAAUUUGCUACUAUUUUGACAAUGUGAUAUAUACGAGACCUGUAAAUCGAUAUGAC